CCAGAUGAUGAAACCACGAUAACUGUUGAUUCAGAUGAGACAAUCAAUCUCACAACCACUGGACGUAAAGUAUUGUUCCGAGUUCCACAAACAUCAUCUAAGCCUGAGAUCGAAGAGCUAGAAAUAGUUCCAGAUCAAAUGACCGAGACACCAAUCGAUGAUAUUCAAGAUGAAAAUGUGAUUGAUGAAGCUAAUCAGAAGAUCGAUGUAAAGAUAACUGGACGAAAGAUUUUAUUUAGAGUACCAAGAAAAUCGAGUGUAUCAUCUGAACAAGAAAUUGAAAUAAGUUCUGAAGAAAUGACUGUACCAGAAACAAGUGAACAAAUUGAAAUUGAGAAAACAUCAGAAACUCAAGAUUUGUUACAAGAUGUAACUAUUACAUCUAAAGGUCGAGAUAAAAGUUCAAUUGAUUUAGAAUCGAGUUCGAUUGAAGUCGAAAAGACUAAAGAAACUGAGACAGUUGAGUCUCCAGAAGAAGAAUCGCCAAAAGAAAUCGAAAGAAAAGAUUCAACUGUCAUCGAAUCUAUUGGACUGAUUGUUGUGAUUAAGAAGAAAAUUCCUGGAGAAAUGGUAACAUUCAAUGUCCCUGAGAUGCCGUUAAGAAAACCAUCAUUACCUACGGAAGAAAAACUUGAAAAAGUUACAAUCGAGAUUGAAAAGCGAAAGAAGAUUGAACAACCUGAACAAGUCGAAGUUUCAUCAGAAACUCUCAUGAUAACAACUUCGGCUGAACAAGUAACUGAAUCAGAAAAACCUUUGGAAACUGAUGAAUCAUUAGACUUACCAAAGGCACGAAAAGAAUCAAUCGCCAAACCAAGUAUCGUUACUCAAGAACUAAUUGUAAUCACUGGAAGUGCAAUUGAUGAAUCAACAGCACCAAAAGAUUCCAUCGUACCUGAAGUGGAAUCAGAAAAGAUGUCGAAACCUGAAACAAUAGAUGAUAUAGCUGAUCAAAUGAAAAUUGAGGUUGCUUCCGAAGUUGCUAAGGUCGAGAUUACUGGACGGAAAAUCUUGUUCAGAGUUUCUCGAAGAUCAAGUAAAUCAGAAAUUGAUCAACCAGAGCUUAUAAAGGACGAGCAAAUUGAAUCUGAAGAAGUUCUUAGUAGACGUGAAUCUGUUUCUAAUGAGCUAGAACAAAUGUCAUCAGCUCAACCCAAAGCACCAGAAAGAAAGAAGGGAAAGCAAAAAGCUUCGCUCAAUAAACAAAUGACACAAUCAAUUGAGACACCAGAGUCUGAUGGAACUAAAAUCGAAUCAAUUCCAGAGAACAAAGCAUCCGAUUCACUGAAACCUGCUAUAGUUCCAACGAAUUUAGAAACACCAAUUGACUCCGAGUCUCAAUUAGAUUUACCAGUAAUCGAAAAAGGUAAAAGUGACAUAAGCAUAACAACACUCGACGCUAUUCAAGGAUCUCAACAAACAAUCGGAGAUAAAGAAGGAGAAAUAGAAACACCUCAACCAUCAACUGCUUCUGCGACAACAAAGACAAUUGAUACAAAUAAAGUAACAGUAUCAAUAGAAAACAAGGAAACAUUGGAGAAAGAAGGACAAUUCGAAGUACCAAAACCUCGAAGAGAGAAAUUAACAAAGAAAACUUCGAUUACUAAACAAAGAUCAAUUUCUAUCGAGAGACCAGUUAUUAUGGAGAUGGAAACACCAACAGAAGUUCAACCAGAAAUCAGAGUAACACCUAAAGACACUGUAGUCGAAUCACCAUCAACAUAUUCGACUACAAUUAGUCAACAAUCAACAUACGAAGCAGAGACAAUUUUCGAUGGUGUUGAAGUUAAACCUCGAAUAGCUGAUCAAUCGAUUGAAUCGAUUGGACAAGCGAUCUCAGUAGUAACAAGUGAUGUUUCUCAAGACGAAGUACCUUUAGAAACACCACAGGAAACACUUCAAUCAGCUUCGAUUGGUCUUCCGACAAUGACUAUUGCCGAAUCUCGAGAAGAUCAACUAGUCGAGAAAGAAGGUGUUAUGAUAAUUGAUGAAGACACUUCACAACCUAAAAAGCAGAAAAUCAAAGCUAAACCAACAAUGAAAUCAAAGCAACCAUUGAUUGUAGAUUCAAAGAUAUCUCUUGAAAAAGAAAGUGACUUACAAACUGAAAUACCGGAAAAUGCUUCGCAAUUUGCUGAAUUAGCUCAACCAGUUACAAUACAAGAGUUGCAACCAAUCGAAAGUGGUCAAGAGAUCGAUUCUCAAGAGACACCAAGUGCUAAGCCUAAGGUCGAUUUUACUCCGAGUCAAAGUAUAACUGUAACAUCAUCAGUACCUGGAGAAUCGGAGGAAACUCUUCAACAAUCAACUAAACCAGAAUCAAAGAAACUCAAGAAAAAAGUUGAUCUUAAGAAACAAAGGUCAAUCUCUAUUGAACGUCCAGUUACUAUGGAGUCAGAAACUAAACUCGAGACUUCUGAUACUAAAGAUAUCGCUUCUAAAUCCAUCGAUUCUGAGACACCAUUAUCAAUAUCGACUAUUCAAUCAAUUGAGUCGACAGUUAAAUUAGAUAUUGAUCAACCUGAUGCAAAAACAAUUAACCAAUCGAUCUCUGAGUCUGUUCAUCAUUCAUUACAAGUCUCUACCGCGACUGCCGAUGUUGCUCCUGAUUCAUUAGACCAAACAAUUCCAACUCCAUCGAAGGCAAUUGUUGGUCUAACAGAGACUGAAGCUGCUUCAGGUCAUAUUAGCACAACAAUCGAGUCAGAAAAGGAUCUGGAAGUUAAUAAGGAAACUAAGCCAGAGACAAUUAAACCUUCAAUCAGCGAUACACAAGCGAUAACAAUUGGUAUCGAUGUAUUGGUUGAGAAUGAGGAACAGUUAAGUGAUCAAGCUAAACCAGAAAAGAAGAAAAUUAAACCGAAAAAGUCUCUAAUUAAAUCGAGAUCAGCGUCCAUUGAAAGACAUCAAAAGUUAGACAAAGAAGAAGAACUUGACCUGGAACAACCUUCCAUUGCCUCGGCAUCUCCUGGAAUAGUUACUCAAAAGACUUUAGAAGCUCAAGAAAUCGAAACAUUAGAACGAGAGAAAUUACAUCCAAUCGAAGCACCAAUUCCAGAAAAGAGAGCACAGGUUCUCGUCGAAAGAGAUUUUAUGAAAAAAGCGACAUCAACUGAACAUUUACCUGUAGAUGAUAAACAAAAUUUAGAUCACCCAGAAGUCCAUAAAACAGAUGAAAAAGAUCAAGUGAUUGCAUCAACAGGCGAAUUACCUUCGAACGAUAUGGCGAAAUCCUUAGAAACACCACAAGAAUCACCCCAAUCAGCUUCAAUCGGUCUUCCGACAAUGACUAUUGCCGAAUCUCGAGUAGAUCAAGUAGUCGAGAAAGAAGGUGAUAUGAUAAUUGACGAAGAAACUUCUAAGCCAAAGACGAAAAAGAUCAAAGCCAAACCACCAAUUAAAUCGAAACAAUCGCUUAUUGUCGCUCAAAAAGAUACAUUCGAAAAGGAAAGUGACUUUGAUUCUGUUCCAAGUGAAACUGCAAACACUCAAAUUGACCUCAGUCCAAAUGUCGCUGUUUCUGUUCAAUCCACUCAACCGAUAGAAACUGGUGAAAGAAUCACUGAUUCGGGAGUAGAAAAGGUUCAACCAAAGGUCGAUUUUACUCCAAGCCAAAGUUUAACUGUAACAUCAUCAGUACCUGAAGAAUCAGAGGAAACUCUUGAACAAUUAACUAAACCAGAAUCAAAGAAACUCAAGAAAAAAAUUGAUCUUAAGAAACAAAGAUCGCUUUCUGUUGAGCGACCCGUUACAUUGGAAGCAGUUGAUAAACUGUCAGUUCCAGAGACAGAAAAAGAUUUGGCCUCAUCAUCCGUUGAUUCGGAAACACCAUUAGCAGUAACAACAGUCGAAUCUAUUGAAUCAACAAGAAACUUAGAUGUCGAUCUUCCAGAUCAUCAAAAAGUCUCUCAAACGCUGGCUGAUGUUCAUCACCCGUUACAAGUGUCCACAUCAAUCGCUGAUCAAUCGACAAGUGAGUUACAUCAACCCAUUCCAAAUGAAGCCCAUUUAGAUUCUGGAUCAUCCGAACAAGAGAUCAAAUUGGCUUCGAUAGAAAAUGAAGAAACAUUGGAGAAAGAAGGACAAUUCGAAGUACCCAAACCUCGAAGAGAGAAAUUAACAAAGAAAACUUCGAUUACUAAACAAAGAUCAAUUUCUAUCGAGAGACCAGUUAUUAUGGAAAAGGAAACACCAACCGACCUUUCUAAAGAUAAACCUGAAAGUAUCGAUAUUUCUACUUCGAUUGAUAUUCCAACUAUGACACUCGCUGAGUCUCGAGUUGAUCAAAUUGUCGAGAAAGAGGGUGAUGCUCUUAUCGACGAAACGACGUCCAAGCCACAAAAGAAAAAGAUAAAACCCAAGGUAACACUGAAAUCGAAACAACCAGUGAGUAUCAAUCAGAAGGAUUCAUAUGAAAAAGAGGGCGAAUUUCAUGGAGAAAUUCAAGAGAGUGCAGCUCAACAGUUUAACUCAACUCAAUCAGCGAUAACAGUUGAAUCUAAACAAAUUUUUGAAAGUGAACAAUUAACUCUUCCCGAUCAACAACAAACCGAAUCAGUCAUUCCAAAGCUAGAUAGUGAUUUAAAACAGACAAUAUCAAUACAAGAAUUUCAACCAAUCGAAAGUGGUCAAGAGAUCGAUUCUCAAGAGACACCAAGUGCUAAGCCUAAGGUCGAUUUUACUCCGAGUCAAAGUAUAACUGUAACUUCAUCAGUACCUGGAGAAUCGGAGGAAACUCUUCAACAAUCAACUAAACCAGAAUCAAAGAAACUCAAGAAAAAAGUUGAUCUUAAGAAACAAAGGUCAAUCUCUAUUGAGAGACCUGUACCAUUAGAAUCUACAUCUGAUUUACCGAAAUCAGAUCAGUUGUCACAACAAAUCAACGCUCAAACAUCUUUAUCAGAGGAUUUGAACGCAACUUCCACGACUUCUGGUCUUAUAAGUACAACACUUGAAGCUGAAAGUGAUUUAGUUUUAACACAAUCACAACCAGAGACAAUUAAACCUUCAAUCAGCGAUACACAAGCGAUAACAAUUGGUAUCGAUGUAUUGGUUGAGAAUGAGGAACAGUUGAACAGUGAUCAAGCUAAACCAGAAAAGAAGAAAAUUAAACCGAAAAAGUCUCUAAUUAAAUCGAGAUCAGCGUCCAUUGAAAGACAUCAAAAGUUAGACAAAGAAGAAGAACUUGACCUGGAACAACCUUCCAUUGCCUCGGCAUCUCCUGGAAUAGUUACUCAAAAGACUUUAGAAGCUCAAGAAAUCGAAACAUUAGAACGAGAGAAAUUACAUCCAAUCGAAGCACCAAUUCCAGAAAAGAAAGCUAAAGCUCUUACUGAAAGAGAUUUCAUGAAAAAAGCGACAUCGACCGAAUAUCUAUCGGCAGAUGAAAACCAAGUUGUCGAAAAGAUCACACUACCAGAUUUUAUCCAAAAAUCCGUUGAAAUAGAUGAGCAACCUGACGAAAAACUUACUCAAGAUCGUAAACCAAUACGAAAGGAAAUCAUUCAAACAUUCAAACGCGUCGGUGACAAAAUCACAGCAGUACAAAUCGAAUCUACUCAAUAUGAUGAUUCAAUCGUCGAUAUCCCAAUGGACUUAGAUGAAGACCAAUCACCGUCUCAGCCACAACAAUCCAUUGAUUCAAUUUUCGAAGAAAUGUCAACGCAAAUCGGUCAACCAUUACAACCAACAUCAACUGACCAAGACUCAGUUAGUGUCGAGCUACCAAAUGACGACGAUGAUGACGAUCAGAAAUCAGAAUUAAUCGAACCCUUUGAAUUCAUACCUGAUGAAAUUAAGUCUCCAAACGAACAAUUGAAAGACACAAAAGCUAAGCCUCGAUUCAGUGAACGGUUCAAAGUUGACGAAUCACAAAACGAAGGUCCUACGAUCACUGAACUCGAGGUUGAUGAAAGGCCAAAGGAAAUUGUACCCGAAGAUGAUGUUGUUAUUGUAGAGGAGAUUAAACCUAAGGUCGAGGAGGAAAUUAUUUCACCGGCGGGUGAAGAUGAGGUUUUCUUUGCUCAAGCCGUUAGCAAGCCGAAGAGAGUCCGGUUCUCUAUCGGCGAUGCUAUUUUACAGCCUGGAGAGACACUCGAGGAAACCUUGGAGACCACUGUGGUCACUUUACCGUGCGAAGUGACAGUUGUCCAAUUACCUGUACCAGAAGAGGAAACAAUUAGUCAAGUUAAACUGAAACUAAGUAAACAGCCUGAUGACCAGCCGACAGAGGAAGUAUCAAUUUCCAUGGUUAAAGAUGAGCCCAUUUUGCAAGAAACUGAGUCAGUUGAUGGCGGAUCUGUUUCCUUCACUGUUGACAGUAAUAGGAAACCUUCAAUUGGUCAACCAAGUGAAGAUGUCAGCUCAUCAAUUACAUUGACCACUCCAAGUGAAUUCCAAAUUUCUAGUAAAGUUGUUGAUGAAGAAUCAACAGUUUCCAUUGACUUUAAUAUACCCGAAAGAAAACAAUCAUUCAUCAGUCCAGAGCAAGUUCCAAUAUCUGAUGAUGUUUCAAUGUCGAUUACCAUUCCAGGUAAAAGGUCAUCUUUCGCUUCUCCAACAAUAGAUUCACAAUCAAUAGAAAUUGAAAAGAAAGAAAAGAAAGAGAAACCAAUCGAAAUUACUUCAAUGGAAAGUCCAUGUAAACUAAUUUCUUUCAAAGUUCCAGAUCAAAUUGAAUCGAAUGAAAUUGUCUCUUUGAGUGUACCUGAUCGAAGAGGAUCGUUCGUAAGACCGGACGAAAUGCCAGUCGAGGAAAAGAAAGUAAUAAAGAAAAAGAAAUCAGAAAUUAACAUAGAAACUGUUUCGAUCGAAACAACCAGCAAACCGAUUGUCUUCAAAUUGCCUGAAGGGCCAAAAGAAAUCAGUCAAAUUGAAACUGUUUCCCUGGUCGAUGAAAAGACUGAUUUCGUUGUAGUACCCGAAUCUAAGCCAGAAGAAGAUGUUAAAAGUUCUAUCUCAUUGAGAAGACCAAGUACAAAACUCGAAGAUGACAAAGAAGAUGAAUCAAGAGCUGAAUUUAAGAUUCGUAAGCCAUCGUUACCUGUCGAAGUAAAAGUAACCGAUCAUCCCAAAGAAGUCGAAGAAUCAACGACUGAAAUAACAAUCAAGAAGAAACCUAAAAAGGCACCAAAGAAAGAAGAAGCUGUAGCUGAAGCUGUAACAAUCAGUUCGGUGGUUGAAGCUAAGCCAAGUGAGAUUGAAGAUGAAGAACUUACCAUUCGAACUGCUAUUGACAUUCCUGGUGAAAAGGUAACGAUUCAACCAGAAGCUCAACCUGAAGUCGAAGAGGAAACACCAAGUUCCGUUUCGUUCAAGAGACCAAGUCUAAAACCUACCGAUGAAAAAGAUGAAGAAACAAAAGCUGAAUUUAAGAUUCGUAAGCCAUCCCUUCCAGCCUCAGUCGAAGUCGACGCAGAGAAACCCAAAGAGGUUGAAGAAUCCACAACAGAAAUAACAGUGAAAAAGAAACCUAAAAAGGUAGUUAAAAAGGAAGAAGUUGUUACGGAAGCCGUGACGAUUAGUCCACAAAUCGAGGCCAAACCAGGAGAAGUAGAAGCUAGUGAAUUAACGAUCAGCACUGCGGUUGAUAUCCCUGGUGAAUUAGUUUCAGCUAAGCCAGAGAUUGAAGAAACUCCAGCCACAGUUUCACUGAAACGACCAAGUAUUAAGCCGGAAGAGGAGAAGGACGAAGAGACUAAAGCUGAGUUUAAGAUUCGUAAGCCAUCAUUACCUGUCGAAGCGACAGUAACUGAUAAACCCAAAGAGGUUGAAGAGUCGACGACAGAGAUAACAGUGAAAAAGAAACCCAAGAAAGUAGUUAAAAAAGAAGAAGCUAUAACUGAAGCUGUAACGAUAAGUCCAAUAGUUGAAGCUAAACCAUCUGAGGUCGAAGCUGACGAACUAACAAUUCGUCAAGAAGUUGAGAUACCUGGAGAAGUUGUAACUGCUAAGCCAGAAGAUGAAGAAACACCAGCCACAGUUUCACUGAAACGACCAAGUAUUAAGCCGGAAGAAGAGAAGGACGAAGAAACUAAAGCUGAGUUUAAGGUUCGAAAACCAUCGAAACCCAUCGAAGCGGAGGUUGUCAGUAAACCAAAAGAAGUUGAAGAAUCAACAACUGAAAUCAUCGUUAAAAAGAAGCCUAAAAAGAUUACGAAAAAAGAAGAAGUAGUUACCGAAGCUGUGACGAUAAGUCCAAUAGUGGAAGCAAAACCAUCAGAGGUCGAAGCAGAUGAGCUGACGAUUCGUAAGGAAGUUGAAAUCCCCUCCGAACUAAUCACAGCUCAACCAGAAGCUGAAGAAACAGAAGAACCAGUGGCAGUUUCAUUGCGAAAACCAAGUGAUAAACCUUUGGAAACUGAAGAAACAAAAGCAGAAUUUAAGAUUCGUAAGCCAUCAUUACCCGUCGAAGCGACAGUAACUGAUAAGCCCAAAGAGGUUGAAGAAUCCACAACAGAAAUAACAAUCAAAAAGAAACCAAAGAAAUCGGUUAAAAAGGAAGAAGUAGUAACCGAAGCUGUGACGAUUAGUCCGCAGAUCGAAGCCAAACCAGGAGAAGUAGAAGCUGAUGAACUGACAAUUCGUCAAGAAGUCGAAAUACCUGGAGAAGUUGUAACAGCUAAGCCAGAGAUUGAAGAAACUCCAGCCACAGUCUCACUGAAACGACCAAGUAUUAAGCCGGAAGAGGAGAAGGACGAAGAGACUAAAGCUGAGUUUAAGAUUCGUAAGCCAUCAUUACCUGUCGAAGCGACAGUAACUGAUAAACCCAAAGAGGUUGAAGAAUCCACAACAGAAAUAACAAUCAAGAAGAAACCCAAGAAAUCAGUUAAAAAUGAAGAGGUUGUUACCGAAGCUGUGACGAUUAGUCCGCAGAUCGAAGCCAAACCGGGAGAAGUAGAAGCUGAUGAACUGACAAUUAGAAAAGAAGUCGAAGUUCCUAGUGAGCUAGUGGUUGCUAAGCCAGAAGUCGAGGAAGAAGAACCCACAUCAGUUUCCCUUCGAAGGUUUAGCUCGAAACCAGCGGAAGAGGAAGAAAUAGAAACCGAAUUCAAGAUUCGUAAACCAUCUAUACCAGCGGAGGCCAUAAUUAUUGGCCAGCCGAAGCGAAUUGAAGAAUCGACAACUGAGAUAACUAUCAAAAAGAAGCCUAAAAAGGUUACUAAAAAGGUCGAGGAAGUGGUCGAAGAGGCUAUUACCAUAAGUCCAACAGUACAAGUCCAGGCCAAACCUGAAGAGGUUGAAGCAGAUGAAUUAACAAUUCGAAAAGAGAUCGAAAUUCCCGGAGAGAUAAUAUCAGCUCAACCAGAAGAAGAAACGAUAAAACUUCGUCGACCAUCGGAAUCCAAACCGGAAGAUGAAUCGACGUCACAAUUCACUGUUCGAAGGCCAAGUGAAGUUGAUGCAACGGUAGAACCAAAGAAUGUCGAAGAAAUUUCAACAGAGAUAAAAAUAAAGAAAAAGAGCAAAAAACCGGCCGAAAAAGAAAUGAUCGCUGAAGAAGCGAAGAUCACAAUUCCAAAUAUUACACAAGAAACGGUAAAACCACAAGAAGAAGUUGCAUCGACAGAGCUCACGAUUAAGAAGCCGAUUUUAGUGGAAUCUCCAGAAGAAGAACCACAAGAAAUCGAAAGCUCAUUUAAAUUAAGAAAACCCUCAGUUCCAAAAGAAGAAGUCAAACCAACGGAGGCCGCUUUUACAAUUCGAAGACCAUCUCAAGAUACACCAAAAGAAACGAAAGUCGAAGACGUUUCAACAAACGCAUCGUUCAAAUUGAAACGUCCGUCAUUAAGUGUUUCCGUUGAAGGUGAACUGACACUUCCUCAAUCAGAGCCGACGGUCAACAGUCCGGUUGAAGGUUCAUUUGAAUUGACUUUGGCCAAAAAGCCAAAGCCAAAAGUCGAACCUAUUGAAAGUGACGCUGAAACUGAUACUGUUGUGUUACCAACUAAACAAGAACAAGCGGAGUAUAAGGUUACCGAAGAAGCUGCCGAAAUGACGAUCAAGAAACAAGUAUCUGAGGAAGAUUAUGAAAGAUUUAAGGCCAAAGAUGAGGUAACCAUGAAACCGCCAAUUCGACGUAAAGAAAGUAUAACAAUUGGUAAAGAGAAACCAAAAGACGAAGAUGAAGAAACAGUUGUUCGUUUUGGUCGAAGAAAAUCUGAUGACCAACCAACAGUUGAGGGCGAGUUUAGUGUGACUAAAGAAUCGCCGAAAGAAACAUCACCAGUCGAAGAAAGUUUCACUAUCCCACCUAAGCCGAAACCUCGUCGUAAAUCAUCAGUUAAACUCGAACAAAUUAAAGAAACUGUUACAUUGGAAUCGACAGCACCAACUGAAACUGAAUAUUCAAUUCAAGAAGAAUCAGAUUCGAUAACAAUUAAGAAAGAAGUAUCUGAAGAGGAGUUUGAAAAAUCGAAAAAGGUCAAAAAGACCAAGAAAAAAGACGAAGAUGAAUCGGCUAAGUUCAAAUUACCACGGAAAAAAUCAUCCGGCGAACCAGUAGAAUCUGAAUUUACUGUGAAAAAGGAGGAAUCCCGUGAGACCUCACCAGUUGCCGAAUCGUUUAAAAUUCCAAAAGCGCCUCGAAGAUCAAGCUCAACAAAAUCGAUCGAAGUAAAUGAAACAGUUCAAUCAACUAGAAGAGAAAGUGGUGAAAUCGCACCAAGUGAGUAUAGAAUUUCGGAGGAAAGUGUCGAGGCGACGAUUAAAAACCAGUGAAUCGUAAAAGAGACAAUCGAAGAUGAAGAGACGGAAUUUAAAUUCAAACGUCGUAGAUCAUCUGAAGCACCGGUAGAAUCAGAAUUCACUCUUAAGCAAACCGAACCCUCGCCACAACCAGGAUCUCCAGUGGAAGAAAGUUUCACACUUCCUGGUAAACCAAAGCCUCGAGUGAAAAAACCUUCAGUUGAACUUGACGCUGAGUCGGAAAAGGUCAUUCUACCAACUCGAAAAGAGUCGGUUGAGUAUAAAGUGACCGAGGAAGGGGCAGAGAUGACACUUAAAAAGGUUGUCUCAGAGGAAGAGUACGAAUCGACUAUGGGAAGAAAAAGAUCGGAAGACGAUGAAGCGACAUUUAAAUUGUCUCGUAAGAAAUCAAGCGAUUCAACAGUCGAAGCUGAACAUUCACUUCGACGAGAUUCAACCAAGUCAACAAGUUCGAUAAAUGAAGAAUUCACACUUAGAUCGAAAAGUAAAAAAUCGAUUGAUUCAAGAACUUCUUCCAUCGAAUCGGUUAUUCAUAGAGAAGAAAUUGAGCGUGAAGACGAUGAAAAACGCUAUCGAAUUGAAGAGGAUGGCGACGAACUAACGAUUCGAAAAGAAGUUUCCGAAGAAGAGUACGAACGAUUGAUGAAAGGUAAACGACGUGAUUCCAAAUCGGAAUAUCGAUUUGGACUCAGGAGAAAAUCUUCAACCGGAGAAAGUUCAGUUGAAGGUGAAUAUCUAGUUCGAAGGAAACAAUCAAGUGACACAGUCGAGGAAUCGUUUAAUGUUCAAAGUUCCUCCAAAAAACAUUCUAAACGCACCACAAGAAGUGAAGAUUCAUCAGAAUCAGAAUCAAUCAAAUUACCAAAUAAAAUUGAACAUGGAGAAUAUAAAAUAACUGAAGAAUCGUCUGAGGCUACAGUCCGUCUUGUAGCGUCCGAAUCUUAUAUCGCAGAGACACCCGAUAAACUGACCAUCUAUGAGGGUGAGAAAGUUUAUCUUGUUGAAAGAUAUUCAACCGAUUGGUGGUUUGUUAAAAAACUAUUGACCAAAGAAGAGGGUCUCGUGCCCGCUCACAUACUCACCGAUUCAGCUGAAUUCACUCAUAAUAUUAAAGAAAAACUUCACGAAAAAAUUCAGCGACUUCCGACCUUUGGAAAAACGGGUAGACCAGAGGAAUUGGAAGCUCCAACAUUUGUCAAGAAAAUCGAGCCCGGAACUUGUUCAGAGGGACAAAGUUACACCUUCCGGUGUCAAAUUGCCGGUAACCCACGACCGACAGUGACCUGGUUUAAACACACUUCUUUCAUUAAAUCAUCAGAGGAUAUUGAGAUCGUCUAUGAAGAAGAUGUUUGUAAAUUAAUAAUUAAGGAAACGUAUCUUGAAGAUUCGGGCACUUAUACUGUCGUCGCUAAGAAUCCGGCUGGUUUUGCGACCUGUUCGGCCGAUCUAUCCAUUGAAGAAACCGAUUUUUCGACGACUAUUUCUCGACAAAGUAUGUCCCGUGAAUCGUCAAUCUGUAAUACUUUAAGUUUGGACGGAAUCAUUCCCUUCUUUACCGAGCCGAUUCGAUCUCGUUCUAUUCCGUCUGGAUCAACAGUAACACUUGAUUGUUGUUUGGCCGCUGAUCCGAUGCCAACAGUUAGUUUACGUUUCAAUGGAGAAACUGUUCGAGACUCGAAACGGAUUCAUAUUGAAAUUCAUGAAGAGUUGACCCUUUUCAAGAUAAUGAUCACUUUUAGAUCAAUCGAGACUACACAGAGUGGAUCUUAUGAGCUUGUGGCCUCAAACGAACGGGGUGUUGCUAAGACUAGUUUCAACCUCGACGUUACUCCGGAAUCAAGAACUGAACCAGUUUUCACUGAUCGUUUCACCGAUUGUACCAUAGCUGAGGGUGAAAGUUUAGAAUUAACAAUUCGAGUUGAGACAAAAGGUUCAACUCGAGUUACCUGGUAUCGAAAUGGUAAAAAACUGAAAGAGACAAAAUCGAUUCGAAUGAUUCAUGAUGAGGUUCGAAAUGUUUAUACCCUCAGAAUCGAAAAGACAAGUCGUGAAAAAGACGAAACAGACUUUAAGGUCAUUGUAGAAGACGAUAAUGGAAGCAUUGACCACAGCGCCAAGGUCACAAUCAGCACGGGAAAAAUAUUUUUCGUUGAAAAAUUGGUCGAAGUUGAUGUUAAAGAAAAAGAUGAAGCACUUUUUGUGGUUAAAUUGUCGCAAGAAAGUGGUUCAGUCUAUUGGGAGAAAGACGGAGUUCGAAUCAUCGAAAAUCAAGUUAAAUAUUGUACCAUUAUUGAGGCCGCUUAUCGUAAAUUGUUGAUAAAAGAUGCUCAUAUUGCCGAUGAAGGUGAAUACUCUUGUAUUAUUGAGGAAACUUUUGAAAGAUCAUCAGCUGAUUUGGUGGUCAUUGAGCUUCCACCAGAAAUUACUCAACGUUUGGAAGAUUUAACCGUUACAAGAGGAUCACGAAUCGAGUUGACCAUUGGACUGACCAAAGGAGAUGCUCUGGUUCGUUGGUAUAAAGAUGGAACAGAGCUUUCUUUCAAUUCUCGAGUUAGACUUGAGAUUGACGGAAAGAGACAAAAAUUUAUCAUUGCCAAGGCUCGAACCGAAGAUGCUGGAGUCUAUUCCUGCUCGGUGGGUGAACAGUCAUCAACUUGUACCGUUGAAGUGAUUACCAGUAAGGACUCAGGUUCAGAUGAUUGGAUCGAUGAACAAUCAAAAUCGGAGACUACACAUACUGUAACUUUCGAUGAAGAACCGACCUUCAGAUACUUUGAGAGAGCUGAAGGUGAACGGGAAGAUCAAACUUCGCAAUCGUUUACAACAACUUCGCAAACUUCAUCGUGGAUGCGAGAAGCUGGAGUUGACCCUGUGGUCCGAAGUUACACCAAACACAAGCUCAUGGGACGAAAUGAGUAUUUCUUUAAGAUUUGGCAUAGACCCAAAAAAGAAUCACGAUCAAAAUAAAUUCAUAAUAAUCACGAGAAAAAAAAUUUAUCCAAAAUUCAUCAAUUUAAAAUCAUCUUCAUUCCCCAAUUAUCAUCAUCUUCACUAUUCAUUUAAUUUUAAUUGUUCGCUUCAUGAAUAAUUUUAUCGAAUUAUAUAAAUAUUGUAAUUUCCCAACCAAAUCAUUAAUAAAUUCAAUUUACAAUAUCA